UAAUAAAUCAAUAUGUUUGAUUUGUACAGUAAUGUUUUUAAGUAACAUAACAUAAAAUGCAUUCUAAAACAAACCAUUACAAAAAUAUUGAGGCAUUGUUGUCUUGAGCCGCAAAGAAAAGAUCGGAAAGUUACGUCAAAAGUUGAGUAGAGUUUUGCGAUUGGCGAAAAUAUUGACCAAGAAGUCAAGGAAUGAGUCGGCUGUAACAGAGGCUACAGAGUUGCUCACAUUUUAAGAAGAGAAUUGAAGCAUACAAAAGUGAUUUCUGGCAGAGAUGGAAUAAAAUCGUCCAUAAAAAAAAAACAGUUGAAGCUUUCAGCUUUUCGGCCAUGAAAAUUACAAAAUGGGUGAAAGAUGUUAGUGAAAAUCCAAAUUCAAAACUAAAUGACAGAGCAGCAGAUUUCGAAAUCAUUUCUAUUGCCGCUGAGGAGUGACACCAACUGGAACUGAUUGACUUACAAAGCCAGACUUCCCUGCUUGAGAAAUUUCGUCAAUGCAGACAAUAGAUUUCUACGCCUUGUUGUCCUCAUGAACCUUGCACAUUUCUGAAAUUCUGGGUAUGAUCACAAUGUUUACAAGAACUUAAUUUAGUGGAAAACUUUCAGUUACAAGACGCCUGAAAACAUUGUUACAUAUAAUGACUUAUGGGUGUAAGUAGAUCUACAAGCAUACAUGGGAUUGUGAUAAAACUAUUUAAAAUGUUUUAGUCUCUAUUUCUUUUUUUAUAUCUUUCGUUAAUGUGGCCCGCGACACGAGUGUCGGAAAUUAAAAUGGCCCGCAGGCCGUAUAAGGUUGGGCACCACUGGUAUAGGCCAUAGGUCAAUUUUGACUCACUCUGUCAAGUCUGUCUGAAACUUUGUGUAUAUCAGAUGAAUACUUUCUUACUGGCCGUGAUGGGUCGCACCUAAGGAAGUUGAUUAGACCUUCUAAAAACAUGGACAAUGUAUGGAAAAUGCAAACAUUGUCUUCAUUUGCCAAAGUAAAACAAAACUUGACAAUCGAUCAAAGUCAUGCAGUUAAAAGUGAGGGGCUAGAAGUGGAGGGUGCAGAUUUGUCUCCUCACACAACUUUAAACAACUCUAACAGUCAGACUUCAGAUGUAGUCACUGGAAAUAAAUAUCAGGGGAAUUUUGUGAAAAAGAAAAAUGUACAUAAAAGCAAAUUAAAAGCUAAAAAAGUUCAAGGUCAUUUGAUACAAAGGGAUGUAAAAGACAAGAUCAAAAACUCUUCGGAAGAAAUUCAAAAUUUAUUUCUAACGAGAAAGUUGUUGCCUAACAAAAGUUUCGGAAAAGUUCAGACUUGUAAAAAACCUUUCCAAAUUCAAAUUUGUUUGAAAGAAUUUUCACUGUCCUCAAAGUUGAAAACUUGCACGAAAAAAACAUACAAAUGUCCAUUAUGCCUUAAAGAAUACACACACUCUUCAAGUUUGAAAAAUCACCAAUGGGUUCAUACAGGCGAAAAACCGUUCAAAUGUCGCCUUUGUUCCAAAGAAUAUACUCAAGCAUCAUAUUUAAAAAGACACCAACUCGUUCAUAGUAAUGAAAAACUGUUUAAAUGUCAAAUUUGUCAGAAAGAAUUCUAUCAGUCUGCUUAUUUGAAGAAACACCUUUUGAUUCAUACGGGUGAUAAACCAUUGAAAUGUAAAUUAUGUCCUAAACAAUUCUCAAAUUCUGGCAAUUUGACAAGACACCAACUAGUUCACACUGGGGAAAAAAAAUUUAAAUGCCAACAUUGUGCAAAAGAGUUCUCCCAAGCUAUAAAUUUAAAAAUUCAUAAGUUCAUUCACACAGGGGAGAAGCCAUACAAAUGUCAUGUGUGUUCAAAAGCUUUUUCUCAAUCAUCAUAUUUGAAACAUCACCAGUUGGUUCAUAGAGAUAAAGAGGAGAUUGAAAGACUGCGCAAAAAUGAACUAGCCACCCAAUCAAGUCAAGCCGAUGAUAAACUAUUGAAAUGUCCAUUGUGUCCCAAAAUUUUUUUGUAUCCUUCAACACUGAAAACUCACCAGAUGAUUCAUUCUGGUGAUAAAAAAUUUAAAUGCCAGCAAUGCCCUAAAGCGUUCUUCCUCUCUUCAAGUUUAAAAAUACACCAGGUUGUUCAUAGUGGUGAAAAAGCAUUCAAAUGUCAAACAUGCUCAAAAGAAUUCUCCCAAUCUCAGCGUUUGAAGAGACAUGAAUUGGUUCACACAGGUGUAAAGCCAUAUAAAUGUCACAAAUGUCCAAAAGAGUUCUCACAGUCUGCGCAUUUGAAGACCCACCUGUUAGUUCAUGCUGGUGUGAAAUCCUAUUUGUGUCAUUUGUGCCCUAAAGUAUUCUCACAGUCUGUAAGUCUGAGAAUCCAUCUGCUAGCCCAUGCUGGGGAAAAACCAUACAAAUGUCAACUAUGCCCGAAAGAAUUUCUGUAUUCCAAAUCUUUGAAAUCCCACCACUUAGUUCAUGUUGGUAAAAAAGGCAUUUAAAUUAUUUGCUGCUUUCCUGGGAGCAGGACAAUGUGAUGCAGUGGUCAUUUUGAUCCCUACUUCUUAGCACUAAAUAUUGCAAUAAAUCUGCCCUGCACACUACAAUCUUCAUUUAGAAUAAGACAAGAACACACUGUUGAUCCAGAGGAGCUUUCUUCCGCAAAAAGCAAACAAGAAAUAAUUACAGUCAAGUGAUAUACAAGAAGAGAACCAGAUAAUUAAUAUGUGGACCUGGAGCAACACUGGAAAGUGUGUUGUUUACAGACUCCCAAUCUACUCUGCAAGCACUUAACAGCAGCACCUCAAACAGCCCAAGAGAGUUGACAACACUCAUUGUGAUAAUCCAUCAGAUGAUAUCAAAAUUAAAUAUCAAUAUCACACUACAGUGGAUCCCUGGACACAUUGGCAUCAUGGGAAAUGAAAAGGCAGAUAAGCUAUCAAAGACAGGUUCAUCUAUGGAACAACCAGAUAGACCUGUUAACUACCUCACCCUAAGGUCAAUGUUAGUCAACAAUUACAAGGAGGAGUGGCUCAACCAAUAGGCAUCAGGAAACACAGGCAGAGCCAUGUACAAAGAAAUGACUAUGCCUAACAAACUGGACAGUAUUAACUUCCUCCCCCGCAAUCUACAAUUUUCCAACUAAGAACAGGACACACACCUCUAUUAAAUUACCACCUGAACAAAAUAAACUCCACACAACUCCCCCUUUGCAGACACUGCGCCGACCCCUUUGAAACCAUAAACCAUAUCCUCUUUGAAUGCCUCUCCCUAAUCCACCUUAGGCAGACCCUACUUCCACUACAGCCCAACAUAACCAACCCCCUGUAUGGCAGUGCUGAACAACUGAAGAAAACAGCACACUUUUUUUUUCCUUGGCACAGUCUGCAAAAGAGCUCACAGCUCAGCAGCAAUAAAGCUGGCUAGAAGAAGAAGAAGAAAGUGUUGUUUGGAAAAGUAAGACAGGAGAAAGGACCGGGGAACCAAAGAACCAGACUCCAUGUGUGAACCUAAGGUUGGACUGUGUUUGUUAUCAUUUAUAAUCUUUUCCUGUUUACCUUCAUUGAGUUGCCUCCCUUAAAGUUUUGACACUAUUUUGACAUGAAUUAUAUAUUCAUUUAAUUAUGUCUUUUAAAAGCUUGUUUAUGAAUCUGGACUGUAUUUCUGUUCUAAUUAGGUAUAGGUUAUGUGUAGAACAUGGCUCAAAGUUGACAUCUCUUUUCCUGGACAAUGGAGUUAGUUGAGUAGACACUGUGCCAAGUCAAACUUGUGAAUAGGCUAGUUGCAAGGAGAAAACUUUACUCUUGUAUUAUUGAUAACAUGGAAAUGAGUAAAUAUUUUACAUUUAAAAUUGUAGUUUCUGAACUAUAUUGCUGUGAUAUUUAUUGUUUCUGCAUGGGUCACCUAUUCAAUAACUGUGAACAAAUGUAUAGAAUUUUUGUUUAAUCCUUAUAUUUAUUCCUUUUCCUUAAAGUUUUUAUGUAUUUUCAAUUGACUUUUCUGGUAAAGGAUAAAAUACAAUAUGUUUUAUUUUCUCAAAUAAGCAUAAACAUUCUUACAUUGAUA